AUGAUGAUGAUGAUGAUGAUGAUGAUGAUGAUGAUGACGAUGAUGAUGAUGAAGGCAGAGACCCAAUCCGAGGCUAACCCUGCGGUGGGCUUCUGCGGCUACUCGGUCCCGCAUCCGUCGGAGAACUUUAUGCACGUCCGGCUGCAGACCAAGGGCCUCCCAGCGGUCGAGGUGCUCAAGCAGGCCUUUGCUGACAUUGCUGCCCUCUGUGAUGUGCUCUCGGACAAGUUCGACUCUGCCAUGGCCACCGUUGGUGACGACGAUGGCCCGUCGGCCAUGACCACCGCUUAA